AUGGUUCGCAACAUAGUCGUAUUCUCCGGCUCCUCUCACCCUCGACUCACCGAAACCAUCUGCACCCAUCUCGGCAUUCCACCAGGCCAGAUUCACCUCUCCAAAUUCAGCGUCGGCGAGACACAAGUCGAAGUUGGUGACAGCGUACGCGAGAAAGAUGUCUUCAUCGUGCAGAGUGGAGGCGGGAAGGUCAAUGAUCACUUAAUGGAGCUCUUAAUCACCAUCCAAGCAUGCAAGACAGCCAGUGCAAAGAGAGUAACUGCGGUGCUUCCAUUAUUUCCCUACAGCAGACAAGCGGACCUCCCGUAUAACAAGCUUGGAGCACCAUUAGCAAGAACGCCUGCCAAAGUAGUCGGAGGGCAAGGAGAGAGCUAUACAUUCGAUAGCAGGCCUGGAACACCGCAACCUGACACUCCAGCGAAUGGCGCCAACAACGGUAGUAGCUCAAAUUCAAAAAGCUUGCACAAGCAGCUGAAUGGACUAAGUAUUACAAAGUCUAAUGGUGAAUCGAAGACUCGAAAGCGGAACGACACACUGGAUAGUGUUCAGUCAGACGUCUCCGUUACGAGUUCGGCUGGCGGCUCCUACUUUGAAACCCAACAACGAAAUCCUACAUCUUCACCACCGCCCGGUCCGACCUCGAACGCCGCGAACACGAACGUACCUCCUGAAUUCAAACCACAGCGCGGCUAUCGGCAGUGGGUUGCACAAGCUGGCACACUAGUGGCGGACCUCUUGACAUGUGCUGGAGCUGACCAUGUUAUCACCAUGGACCUGCACGAUCCGCAAUAUCAAGGCUUCUUCGACAUACCUGUGGACAACCUCUACGGCAGACACUUACUGCGCAAGUACAUCCAGCAUCAGAUCUUGCCUAAGCAUGGUGGAGUGGAGGGAUGCGUGAUAGUGAGUCCGGAUGCUGGGGGAGCGAAACGUGCGACGAAUAUUGCGGAUGCGUUGGGCAUGGAUUUUGCUUUGAUUCACAAGGAACGCCGCCCGACCCAACUCUCCGACCGCCAGAACGCCACACUUCUCCUAGUUGGUUCAGUCGCGAACCGUUGCGCAAUCUUAAUUGACGAUCUGGCCGAUACCUGCAACACCAUCACUCGCGCCGCCAAACUUGUUAAAAAGUCCGGCGCCUCCUGCGUCUACGCUUUGGUGACACACGGAGUCUUCUCGGGCGACGCGGUGGAUCGGAUUAACUCUAGCUGUCUGGAUAAAGUGGUCGUGACCAAUAGCGUGCCGCAGGAUGAGCACCUGGCGCGAUGCGAGAAGCUGGAGGUGCUGGAGGUUGGGAAUGUUUUCGCGGAGGCGAUAAGAAGGGUGCAUCAUGGGGAGAGCAUUAGCGUGUUGUUUCAGUACGAUUGA